CGUACAUUUAUUCAGUGUACAUUUAUUAUUACACGAGUUAGUGCUUUGGAAAUGGUCUAAUCAGGUCUCGUACAAAAUCGUUGCAGUGAUCACGUAGCCUGGAUAUUUAUGAAUAGCGGACAAAAGAAAUAAGCAUGAGACGAACAACUUUUCUCUCUGCAGUUUGUUUUUAUAUCCUAACCACGUAUUCGAAUGCAGAAGAUAUUUUAGGUUGUGGUGGAUUUUUGAAAAGUCACGCCGAUAUCGAUUUUGCUAAAGUACAAAUAAAGUUAUAUACAAAAUCUGGUAGCCUCAAAGAUUCUACAGAGUGUGCCCCUAACAAUGGAUAUUAUUUCCUUCCUUUAUACGAUAAAGGGGAAUACGUUUUGAAGGUGGAUCCACCUAGAGGAUGGAGUUUCGAACCUACAGAAAUUUUAUUGGUCGUAGAUGGAACUACAGAUGCCUGCAGUGAAGGCAAAGAUAUUAAUUUUACCUUCAAAGGUUUUGGUAUCACGGGCAAGGUUAUCAGUUUAGGAUCGGAUUCUGGUCCUAAAGGUGUUACAGUAUCAUUGUAUAAAGAAAGCAACAAGCAAGUUCCUGUUGGUACAACGGUUACCAUGGAAGGUGGUAUAUUUUAUUUUACCCCAGUACAACCUGGACAAUAUGUACUUGUUGCGUCUCAUCCCGUAUGGAUGUUGAAAGUAAAUACCGUGAAAGUAACAGUACGAGAAGGCAACACAGAACUUCCUGAUGGUAGUCUGGUAAUUUAUGGAUACGAUGUGAGCGGUCGAGUUACCAGCGAAGAAGAAGCAGUUAGCGGCGUAACAUUUGUAUUGUUUGGAAACGGUGUAGCUAGGAAUUGCGCAACGACACCUAUAAGUAAAGAUCUCGAAUCUAGAAAGCCACUUUGUCAUGUUGCAUCGGAUAAAAGUGGUAAAUUCAUGUUUCCAAGUUUAUCACCUGGCGAAUAUAAACUUGUUCCGUAUUAUAUCGGUGCUCAAACUAAAUUUGAUGUUCAACCGCCUGAAUUGUCGUUCAAAGUGAAUCACAGCAGCGUCCUAUUACGUCAAGGAUUUAAAGUUACCGGUUUUACGGUAAAUGGUAUCGUCCGUACCGCUAUCAAUGGAGAUCCUUUGCCAGGAGCGAAAGUUUUACUUUCUCAAAAGCAAAUCGCUAUAACGAAUGAACACGGAAAAUAUGUAUUGGAUAAUAUAAAAGCCGGUCAAUAUAUUUUGAAAGCUGAAAGCGAGGACUUACUGUUCAAUGACAAAUCGGUCAAGAUCUCUCCCAAUUCUCCGGAACUUCCCGUUUUGAUACCAGCAGCGUAUAAAGUUCGUGGCAAAGUUACUUUAUCGGCAGAGGGAGGUUUAGAUCAUCGAAAAGUUUUCAUCCAGAAUACGGCUACCACGUUUACCAAAGAAAUUGGAAUAGAUACAAUAACAGGUGAAUUUUCCGCCUAUCUCACUCCUGAUACGUAUCAAUUAAGCGUUAUUGUAAGUGCGGAAGAGAGAGCUAAAGGUCUACAAUUUUUCCCACUGCAACAAACCAUCUACGUGUCGUCCCGACCGGUGGGCAACAUUAACUUCUUACAAUUAAAAGCUACGUUAACAGGAACGGUAAAGUGUUUACCAGAAACCGAUUGCAGUCAAGCAUCCGUAACGUUGAAGGUACUGGACGGUAUCACGAUAAAAACAAUUCAAACAAAAGCUGGCCAAUACCAAUUUACGGACGUAUUACCCGGCCAUUACGAGGUGUUAAUAGACAAUGAUGUUUUUUGUUGGGCGAAUCCCAGCUAUAGAAUUUCUGUAACUUCAGAACGAUCUGAAUUACCGCCCUUCGAACAAACUGGAUUUUCUGCUACUUUCAUAUCUUCUCACGACACCACGGUUGAAUAUUCGAAAGCAGAUGAAUUGAAAAAAUUAACGUUAGCUCUGAACAAAGGAAGCACAAAGCAUUGCGUAUCAGAACCUGGAAUGUAUACAUUUACGCCAAAGAGUUGCCACGUUUAUGAGAAAUCGUCUCACACAUGGGAUACGAACACUGUUUCGCCUAUUUUAUUACAUUCGACGGAGCAUAGUCAUAUAGGAAACAUUUUAAGUCAAUCCGCAUUAGAUGGAAUUAAAGUAAAAAUCGAGAAUGCAGCGGGCGAGGUUAUAAUGCUUGGUCCAUUGAAAUCAACGCGUCACGAAGAUUUGUAUAAAUAUGAAUUCGAAUUUAAGGCAAAAACAGAUAACGUUUAUACAAUAACACCGUUAUCAAAUAUCCUUCUAUUCAGUCCGGCAUCACUGAAGGUAUUAGGUGUGAACGAUUGCCAAGACGAUAUUGCUACGUUCGUGGGCGACUUAGGGAAGAUAAUUGCUGGUAGAAUCAAUCCACCACUGGAAGGAGUUACCGUGAAAAUAUUUGGUAAUGACAAAGCUGUACCUAUACACACGCUGGACACACAAGAAGAUGGAACGUACAGUAUUGGUCCUUUGGAUGGGAAAGUAGAAUACAGCGUUACUGCGGAGAAAGAAGGAUUUGUGAUCACUGGGCCUGAUUCCAGCGGAGUAUUUGCAGCUCACAAAUUGGCUGAAAUCAUAGUACAGGUUUCCGAUCAAGCUGACAAUGUUUCUCUACAGGGUGUCCUGUUGUCAUUGUCUGGUGAACAAAGUUAUCGAAAGAACAGCAUUACCGGCGAGAAUGGGAAAUUAAUCUUCAAUUCUUUGUCCCCUGGCGAAUACUAUUUGAGACCCAUGAUGAAGGAAUACCGUUUCGAUCCUCCAUCGAAAAUGAUCAAAGUCGUUGAAGGUGCCACGGUAAAGAUAAAUCUAUACGGGAAAAAGGUCGCGUUUAGCGCGUACGGUUCCGUGACAUCGCUAAAUGGUGAACCUGAAGCCGGGUUGCUAGUCGAAGUUCAGGGCCAAGGAGACUGUGAUAACCUUCAAGAAGAGGCGACCACGGAGGAGAACGGUAGCUUUCGAAUCCGGGGGCUUCAGCCAGCGUGUACCUACGCAUUCCGUCUGAAACCGAACGCCGAAGUUAACGCGCACAUUCAACGUACCAGUCCCACCUCAACGUCAAUACAAACUUCGUCGGACAUUCGAGGUCUUCGAUUGGUUGCGUUUCACCCUAUAGCGCGUACCGACGUCUCGGUACACGUCCUGUCGAUGCAACCAGAACACUAUCGUACAUUGAAGGUAAAACUAUGCAGGGAAGAUACACCCGAUUCUCCGAUACACACGUCAAGAUUAAAUACUCAGCAGUUGAGCAAGGUCGGUAGCGCUUACAAUGCUGGUUUCCUGGUCCAUUUGCCUCCGUUGCAGGCAGACGGUAAAAAGUACUUUGUGCAAUUAGAAUCUUCAUUGUCUCAUGCGUUACACAAGUAUAGAACCAUACCCUUUUAUUUCGAGGCGAAUUCAUCGUUCAAGUAUGUAAAAUUAACAUUCAACGCGGAACGUAAGGUCGAUCAUAGUGACAUGAAUCAAACGUCCGUAGUCGCGUUACCUUUUAUCAUGUUUAUCGCAGUGGCGUUUUUCAAUCGGGAAAAAUUAUGGUUGUGGCUGAACGCUUUAAUCGAAAGGUGGCCAAAACCGGCGCCGAUUUCGAGAAGCCCGAUACAAGCUGUUCCUGUCGAUCCGAGAGCGGACGAUAUCAUAGUCGAACAAAUAAUGAAUAUUAACAAAAGGAAAACCAAACCACGCAAGGCGUAAUUAUUAGCGAUUUUUCGAUCGUUCCGCGAUAUUUUCAGUAGCGUUACGAUGAUUAAUGCGCUCGCGAACGCGAUACGAUCUCUUGUCGAUCGAUGAUCGAUCUCGUUGCAUUUUAUAUGUACUGUGUACAUUAUGUGCGUGGAUCGAUUUAGCGAAUACCGCUUUAUCGGAAUACUUGGCGCCGUAAAUGCAUACGCCGACUUUCAAGAUGAAAUGUUCGUUACUGCGUUUCUGAAGUAUAUAUGUCACUUUCAUAGAUAAUUAUAUUUUUAUUAUGCUGAUAUAAUAAACGUAAUUUUACUUUGCUA